GAUUAUAUAAUGAUAUGAUAUGAUAGAUAUACAGGUGGAAAUUGGAAUAUGUUUCUCUCUCUCUCUCUCCCGUAGAACUCGAAAACCUUCCUCUCCCUCGUUCAUAUUCCAGUGACAAUACAAUAGUUUCACAUGAUCAAUUGACAAUUUUCUUUCUGCAAUGAAACGAGUUUUGAUGAUUUGUACCGUAUGCUUCUUCUUCUCGGCCAUCUCCGGCGGCCUCUCCACCUCCAUCUCCGAUCUAAAUCGCGAAGAAGAAGGGGUCGACAUGUUAAAACCCGCACCAACCACCUCUCUAUUGCCAGUCACACCUAAACAUAAUACUGCUCUAGUGGCUGCUCUAGAUGGAACAAUUUAUUUAGUGGAGACCAAUUCAAGAAAAAUCCUGUGGUCAUUCACAUCAGGCCCAUCAAUUUAUUCUUCAUAUCAGGCUCUUCCUCCUACCCAUGACAGUGAUAAUCGUAAUGACUCUGAACUCCAAGACUUUUUUAUAGAUUGUGGAGAUGAUUGGGAACUCUAUGUGCAUGGUCCUGGCUAUAAAAAAUCGAAACUCCCGAUGAGUGCUGAAGAAUUUAUCAAACGCACACCAAUUAUAUCAGCUGAUGGGGGAGUCUUGUUAGGAUCAAAAAAUACCACAGCGUUCCUUGUUGAUGCUAAAUCUGGAGCAGUUAUUUAUGCUUUCGGGUCGGCUGAUCAUUCUGCAAUAGGGGCUCAGAGUGCUGAAGAAAAUGCAAUCCUACCAAGAAAAGAUGUAGAAGGAUGGGUAGAGUCCGAAGUUGAACAGCCCCUUUUUGUUAUCAGGACAGACUAUGUAUUGAAGUAUUUUUCUCGAAAGACUGGCAAAGAAUUAUGGUACCUAAGGUUUGCGGAAAUUGAAACUUCCUUUCAAUGUCAAGAGGCUGGUAAUUAUUUUGGUGAAGGUUCCCCAAAUCCUGAAGAUGAUUUUGGUCCAGAGUUGAAGGGUGAUGACGAGUUGCCAUUAACAUGUCAGAGAAGGGCUGUUGUCUACAGAAUUCGUGAUCAUAGCUUGUUAGAGCAGCUCUUAGGGUCUGAUAGACUACCAAACACUCAUCUUGGAGGUAGGCUUCCUCCUUUACCUGCUCCUGAUCUUAAUCCUCUUUUAAAACCUCUUGCUAGGUUAUCAGAGGUGCAUCAGAAUAAGGCAGGCAAAGUUGUGCUUGCUUUGCCCCCUCCAGAGACUGAAGACUUUGGCAUCUUGAGUUUGCAUAGGGGAGGUUCUGGUAAAAUGUAUACUAAUGUAGCUCCUGAAAUUGUGCAUCAGAAUAAGGCAGGUCAAGUGGUGCUUGCUUUGCCCCCUCCAAAGACUGAAGACUUUGGGAUCUUGAGUUUGCAUAGGGGAGGUGCCUGUAAAAUGUAUACUAGUGUAGCUCCUGAAAUUUUGGCAGCGUCUCAUAUGUGGUAUUUUGUUGUUUUUGUUGUCCUCCUGUCUUUUAUAGUUGCUUUCCUUUUCUAUGUUAGUCCUUUAGCAGUUGUAGAAAAGGUUAAGUUGAAUAAAUGGUCUGAGGAGGGCAAAGUUCAAGCUAUGAUGUCCAAAAAGAAGAAAGCUCGGAAAUCGGGAAUCCAUAAGAAUAGUGCUGGAAUUGAGCCAAGUUGGGAAGAUGUUUCACAUGAGACUAUGGUUGGAGACACAAAUGGACUUCUAGAGAAUCCACAUGUUGAGAGAACUGUAAGGAAAUCUCAGCUGACUUUUUUCAAUCCUGUUGAUGGUAGCAUAGAUGGACGUAAGAUUGGUAAAUUGUUCGUCACUAAUAAAGAAAUUGCUAAGGGAAGCAAUGGAACCAUUGUACUUGAGGGAAUAUAUGAUGGUCGUCCAGUAGCUGUUAAACGCCUUGUGCGGACACAUCAUGAUGUUGCCUUGAAAGAGAUUCAAAAUCUUAUUGCAUCAGAUUUUCAUCCAAAUAUAGUUCGAUGGUAUGGAGUGGAGUUUGAUCAAGAUUUUGUUUAUCUCUCUCUGGAGCGUUGUACCUGUAACUUGGGUGAAUUGAUAUUUUCAUACUCCUGUACUUUGCAAAAUCAAAUAAAGAACAAGGACCAAGACCCAAACUUCUUUGAUGAAUGCACUACCCGAUUACAUUCGACAGUAGAAAAUAAGGAUUUUGAAUUGUGGAAAGCAAAUGGGCAUCCAUCAUCUCAGUUGUUAAAACUUAUGAGGGAUAUAGUUUCUGGGCUUGCCCAUUUGCAUGAACUUGGAAUUAUUCAUAGGGAUUUAAAGCCUCAAAAUGUACUGAUCAUCAAGGGCAGAUCUAUAUGUGCCAAGCUUUCAGAUAUGGGCAUUAGCAAGCGCCUUCCUGGGAACAUGUCAUCUUUAACUCAAAGUGCUACUGGUUGUGGGAGUUCAGGUUGGCAAGCGCCUGAGCAACUUCGUCAUGAACGUCAGACACGAGCAGUAGAUUUAUUUGGUUUAGGCUGUGUGCUCUUUUUCUGCCUUACUGGGGGUCAACAUCCAUUUGGUGACAGUUUUGAACGUGAUUUAAAUAUUGUGAACAACCAGAAAGACCUCUUCUUGAUAGAUAAUAUUCCAGAAGCUAUGGACCUUAUCAGUCACCUCUUAGAUCCAGACCCAAAUUUGAGGCCAAAAGCUGUGGAUGUAUUGCAUCAUCCUUUGUUUUGGAAUGCUGAGAUGCGACUCUCAUUUCUUCGAGAUGCUAGUGAUCGGGUAGAAUUGGAAGAUAGGGAGAGUGAAUCUGAACUCUUAAAUGCAUUGGAAAGCAUUGCACCUGUGGCUUUGGGUGGUAAAUGGGACGAAAAGAUGGAAAGUGCAUUCAUCAGUGAUAUUGGCCGCUACAGACGUUAUAUGUUUGACAGUGUUCGUGACUUGUUGCGGGUCAUCCGCAACAAAUUAAAUCACUAUAGGGAACUUCCUCAAGAAAUUCAGAGAAUUUUAGGGCAGAUUCCUGAAGGAUUUGACAGCUAUUUCUCAAGCCGAUUUCCACAACUUCUAAUUGAAGUUUAUAAAGUCAUUCACAGUUAUUGUGGGGAGGAAGAAUUCUUGCACAAGUAUUUUAGAAGCAAUCAAACUUGACUUCUCUGUUGUUCUUUCGUAGUUAACAAGAUACUAGCUUCUGUAAAUAUUAAAUUUUACCAAGUUGUGAGUGAUAAACAUGUAAAUUUGUUGAGUAAUGGUCACACGUAUUAUUGUUAGCCCUUUUGUCUCUUGUUCCAA